UAGCGCCGCGGCCGGCCGGCGGGGGGGUGGCUGAGCGGUUGGUUGGGGCCGGCGGCGGCCGAGGCGCGGCGGCGGGGUCAGUUCUCUUUAGUGUUUGCCGAUGUUGGAGGCGUCUCCAAAGUGUCCCUGGGAACCAGUAAAAAUCAAUGGCACAAGUCAUGAUGCAGACCACACCAAAUCACUCUGGACCUCCCCAGUCUCCAGCAGUGCUAACCCCAUCAGUAACAGCAACAGGUUCAGUGGUUCUUCAGCCCUCAGUGAAUGGAUCCAUUCCAGAAGCAGCUGUCAAUUGUAAUAAUUCCACAACUGGUCAGGUGGAUUCCAUACCUUCUAGCAACUCACAGGUUCCUUUACAAGAUAACAUGGCAAACCCCAAAGAGAAAACUCCAAUGUGUCUGGUAAAUGAGUUGGCCCGUUUCAAUAGAAUUCAACCUCUGUAUAAGCUCUUGAAUGAACGAGGACCUGCUCAUGCCAAGAUGUUCACGGUGCAGCUGACUCUUGGAGAGCAGACAUGGGAUGCUGAAGGAAGCAGUAUUAAAAAGGCUCAUCAUUCUGCUGCUAGCAAAGCUCUGAGUGAAACUACCCUCCCCAAACCAGCACCUAGACCACCCAAAAACAAUGUUAAUAAUAAUCCAGGCAGCAUUACCCCAACAGUGGAGUUGAAUGGUCUUGCUAUGAAAAGAGGAGAGCCCGCCAUCUAUAGGCCGUUAGAUCAAAAGCCAGUUCCAAACUACAGAGCGAAUUAUAACUUUCGAGGCAUGUACAAUCAGAGAUAUCACUGCCCUGUGCCUAAGAUUUUCUAUGUCCAGUUGACUGUGGGUGACCAUGAAUUUUUUGGUGAAGGGAAGACCCGCCAAGCUGCUAGACACAGUGCUGCCAUGAAGGCUCUUCAGGCUCUUCAGAACGAGCCAAUCCCCCCAAAAUUACCUCAGAAUGGAGAGCCAGGUAACGAAAUGGAAGACGAAAAAGAUGCAAACAAGUCAGAAAUCAGUGUAGUAUUUGAAAUCGCACUGAAGCGCAGCAUGCCUGUCAGUUUUGAGGUAAUAAAGGAAAGUGGGCCACCGCAUAUGAAGAGUUUUGUUACCCGAGUGUCAGUGGGAGAAUUCUCUGCAGAAGGUGAAGGAAACAGCAAGAAACUGUCAAAGAAGCGAGCCGCAAUAGCUGUCCUGCAAGAACUACGGAAACUUCCCCCUCUUCCUGUGAUCGAAAAGCCAAAGCUUCAUUUUAAAAAACGCCCCAGAACAAUGUUAAAGACUGGACCCGAAUAUGGUCAAGGAAUGAACCCCAUUAGCCGUCUGGCUCAGAUUCAACAAGCCAAAAGGGAAAAGGAACCAGAGUAUCUUCUUAUUUCAGAAAGGGGACUGCCUCGUCGCCGAGAGUUUGUUAUGCAGGUCAAGGUAGGAAACGAGAUUACAACAGGUACAGGCCCAAACAAGAAGAUAGCAAAAAGAAAUGCAGCUGAAGCGAUCUUGCUACAGCUUGGCUAUAAAGCCUCAUCUCCACUUCAAGAACAGAUGGAAAAGCCAGGUGACAUCAAGGGGUGGAAUGGCCAAAAUGUUGAAUAUCCUGAAUCAGCAAAUAACACACCAAAGGGAAUACUCCAUCUCUCUCCUGAUGUUUAUCAAGAAAUGGAAGCGAGCUGCAACAAAGCAUCCCCUGGUACCCCUGUAAACUAUUUGUCCUCCAAGGAAAUGAGCCAAGCAUCUAGUUGUUUCUUCAGCACAUCUCCUGCCACUAAUAAUACAGCUACAAUUGCCAGGGAAUUGCUCAUGAACGGAACAUCUCCCACUGCUGAAGCUAUAGGACUGAAAGGAAUGUCAGUCACUGCCCCUUGUUCUACGGUGCAACCUUCAAAGCAACUGGAAUAUCUGGCAAGGAUCCAAGGCUUUCAGGCACACUACAGUGACAGACAAAACGGCAAAGAAUGCCUGACCUGCUUGACACUGUCUCCCGUGCAUAUGACUUUCCAUGGUAUUGGAAGCUGCAUUGAAGCCAGCCAUGACCAGAUGUUGACCCUGGUCUGUGUGAAAUCUAAUCAGCUGGGGAUGGUAGUGCCUGGUUACAGAGGGCUGUUAAAGAUCCCUUGCUGAAGUCAGUGGUUGCGAAUUCAGAAGUAUGUGCCACUCCCAGUAAGGUGAAGUGGACAGACACGCACAAGAGGACCAUUUAGGGACAUCUUGGGAAGAAUCUGAAAUGUCACAUAGAUGUAAAAGGCGAAGGAAAUAUAUCCCUACAUUGUACUGAAAAACAUUAAAUCAUUAUCAUAAGAACGUGAGUUGAAACCACAUUUUUCUAGAGCAAGCCUCUGUAUGCAACUGCUUUGUGUAAGGAUGACCUCAUGUUAUUAAAUUGUCAUUACAAACUAUCCAGUUCCCCACAGAGGGAAAACCAGAGGGGGAAGAAAUUAACAAAUUUCAAUAUGAUUUGCUAAUUGCUAAUUGGCUUAAGGAAACCUAAAAAUGACCAAACUGAUUGGAAACAUCCACCUCCAGCCAGAUCCAGACACAUAUUUAUAAUGGGAAGAGCAGCCAAGACAAACAAAGAGCAGAGUAGUGCAUCCUGUUGGCAUUGUGUUUUUGGCAUUGCUGUAUCUACACAGAAAACAAGUGAUACAUUAAAUGUGUAAAGACAUCUGUUUCAUAACCUAUGGGGCUUUGCUCACAAAGCAGUUGUAAAAUCUUCUGGGGGAGAGAAAUAUUUCUAUAUAUCUGUGCAGAUGCUCUUUUGUAAGAGAGAAAAAAUCCAUUUGAGGAAGUGUUCAGCCUUUGGAAAAACAAUUCUCUGCUAAAAUCCUUGUCAGAUAUUUAUUCCGCUUAUAUCCCCUCACUGCUGUUAAUUUUGCAAGCGUUUCCUAGUUUUUAAGGAUUGUGUACAUCAGGCCCAGUUCAUCUGAAGUGUAGUAACAAUUAUGCAUGACGUUGGGUCUUUGAAGAUCUUUAUAAGUGUGGACCACUAGGUCAUUUUUAAUUUAUACUUAAAGGAUUUCUAGGUCACCCCCAUAAAACUAUCAAGGCAGUGUACAAACAUACAAAACAGUCCAGUCCUUGUACUUCUCUGACUGACUUUGUGAGCCUACCCUCAAACUUCAAUCAGAAAUGCAAAAGAUCCUGAGAAAGUAGAUGAGUUAUCAUCAGGACUUAGGAUCAAGAGACACUGGUGACCCCAGAAUCAAGUGCAACACUUAAUCUCCACCAAGAGCACCUCAUACUCAUAAAAUGACAAAAAACAACGCUGCUGAAUCAGACCAAAUUUCCAUCCAAUCCAGCAUCCUCAUCUCCAAGUGGCCAACCAGAUGCCAACAAGAAACUUGCAAGUAGGAACCAAGUGCUCUCCCCAUUUGUGCUGCCCAUGCAGACUUUGACUCUCCAUGCUUUACCCAUCCUCAGACACUUCCGCUUCCAAAUUCAUCUGCAGAAUUAUAAUCUGCUGCCCAAUGCAUUUUCCCUCACGUAUCUCUCCAUAGUUAAACAUUGGGGGACGAGGGGGAAGUAUAUUACCAGAUCUCCUGGAAAUUGUGUGACACUGGGGAAUGGACAGCUGGACCAUAAAGGGAGUAGCAUUGAACAAUAUCUGGUGCUCCGGGUAAGCAGAGCCUGCCAAUAUUUAGUGGUCAGAAUAAUCACCACCUGCCAACACCUGGCAAUCAAGGGAGAGGGCAUAUGGUCUUAUAAAACACCUGCUGCAAAAAAAUUAGGAAUCGUGUAAAGAAUGUGAUAGUGUUACAGAACCAAUCAGAUUAUGCUCUGGAGAGAUAACAAUGGGUGGUGUGGUGUUAGUGUAGUCAAAUAAGGGAAUAGAUCAGCACCCUCACUGGGGAACAAUUACCCUCAUCUCCUGCUUAUGGACUUCCCAUGGGCUUCUGACAGUGGGAAACAAGAUGCUGGAGUGGAUACGUCUCUGAUCCAGAAGGGCCUCUCCUUUGAAAUCCUGAACCACUCAGCUUUCUCUCAGUCUUAGCUCUAUCCCACAGGGCUGUAGAGAGGAUAGAAUGCAUGUUAACUGCUGUUUAGAACAAAACCUUAAUUAACUCGUUCACUUUGCAGCGGAGGCUGGCAGGCCAAGCACAAAGACUUUGCAUCCCAUUUGUGCAGCAUGCUGAAAAAGGGGUGGGGCUUUGAGGUGGGCUUUAGUUUUUGCUAAAAGAAAUUUAGUUCAUAGUGCAAAGGUGGAAGUGGUGCAAUGGUGGUGCAAAAUAUCAGCUUCAUUUAAAGGUUAAAAGAAGUUCUAAUGAUGGAGAAAGUGUCUAUGGCAGUGGUUCUCAUGCUUUUUUGUCUGGGCCACACUUUCAGAAUAGAAUUUGCUCGUUCCACACCAGUUUUUUGUAUUGAUAAGGAUUACAUUGAAAAACAAAAAGAAACAAACUCAUAGCAAUGCUUGAUUUUGAUAAUAUAUGUAUCCAUAUUCUGCAAAAAAAACACACUAUACUAUACUAUACUAUACUAUACUAUACUAUACUAUACUAUACUAUACUAUACUAUACUGAAAUGUUUCAAAUGUUUCUUUGAUUGUCCUUGAAUCUUUCCGCCACACUUGCCAUCCUCUCCUGCCAUACCAGUGUGGCAUGCCACAUCCUUUAUGAACUACUUGUCUAGGAAGAUCGACAGCAUGUGGAGGGUUCAGAAAUCAGAUAUCUUUAAUUAAGCACAAGCUUUUGCAAGGAAAACCUCUUAAGUGAUGCAUUGCAGAAUGUAAUGCUGACCACACCUUUUUUAUUUCAUGGUCAUCCCUGCUUUACCUGGAUGCAAUUUUAGGCAGUCAUCUAAAGUAUUGUAACAAAUCCUACCCUGUUUUUAUUUUAAACAAUAUUUUGUCAGAUAGAUGUAUUUCACCUUUUUAUCCUUGGCAUUCCUUCAGUGGGAACAAAUGCUUUCAUUCAGCAUUGCUGCUGACAUUCCCUUCAAAGACAUAGAGAUAGAUGUUCUGAGUAAAGAAAGAAGCAGAGGUUCCCAUGAAUGAAUUCUGCAAACAGCGUGAGAAACUAGGUUAAUAUUUCAUUAAGGAGCUACAAAAUAGCAGUGCGGCAGGAACACAACCUGAAGCAUUUAAUAGGAGCUCGACAAUGAAGCUGUUGAAUCUUUAAUCCCAUUUUGUUAUGUACUUGCUGCUCUCAGUUGAAAAUAGCAAUGAAAGCAGCUGUGACGAUAGUUCAGGAAAGUGUUCCUAUUUUGAAUUUUUUUAUUUAUCAUGCCUGUGCCCCACUCUUGUUCCAUAAAGCUCAGUGUGGCAGCCAUAUGGAUCCCAGAUGGACUCGCAUCCAGGCAGGCUUAAAGUGCAGGACAUUUCUUAGCUUCUGCACUAGAACUGCAGUGUGCAUGUCUAGCAUAUAGCUCUGCUAGUUCUGUACAGCAUAUACAUGCUAUUUGUUUUCUGUUGUCCAGAAAAGUGAUAAGCCUUAUAUGAGCUGAUUAAAAUGGAGCUUCCGGCAUGCCUGUGCCACAAGUUGUUGAAAGGUCAGGCGUCUGAUUAGCAUUCACAAAAUACCAACAUACAUACUAAAUAUUACAUUGAUGGAAUUCAGCAAGAGGUGGAAUGGUGGGAGAAGAGCUCUAAUUGUUUCAGUUUGUACAAGGAAAGGGGAAAUGUGAUUGUGGUGUUAGAAUGGGGCAGCAGCACUUGUUAAGCUGAUCCCAGCAUGAAAGGAGUUGGCAACAUUAAUGAACUGAAGGUAUCGCUCGCAAAGGAAUGAUCAGCCCCAUAUUUUUAAUUUUAUCCAGCACAUUUACAUCCCAGCCCAAGGGGGCUCUGAAAGUGUUGUUCACGUGAUUGCCAUUAUUUUUUUAAAAA